UUUUGACGUUUCGGCUGUCUGUCUCUGUCUAUAAAAAUUGAAGCAAAUCGUGUGAAAGUUUUCAGUAAAAUCGAUAAACUCACCUUUUCUUUCUUCAAAACAUUAAUAAUUAGUGUGUUUAUUGCUUACAAAAGACCCUUGUAACGAUCGAACAGCCGCUGUGAACGAAAUCCGUCCUUCCUCAAUAGUGCUUACGUGUGUACAAAGUAUCGGUACCGAAUCGUGAUCCCAUUGUUGUGUUCAGUUAUGAUAGUGUGAUUGGAAUAAAGAAUAAAGUUAAUCGGCUUAGUUAUGAAUAAAAAGCCCGCCCGUACUGGUCCGAAAAUAAGAAUAACUCGAGCGGCGUUACGACUGAAAAAAAGCGACGAUCCUCCGCUAUUCCAGCCGAGGGCGGUCGACGAGCAUAAAUAUAUCUACACCUGCCAAUAUUGCAGAUUAAAAUUUACUCAGAAUAGUCAGUUCUUCCGCCACAUGACGUCGAAUCACGAGACCCAGCAGAAACAGGCGACUUUCGAGUGCAAUAACUGUCAAGUCGUGUUUUCUAAGAAAGCGAACUUGGACUUGCACUGCCAGACGCAUCAUCAGGAGAAGAGUAAGUCGAGAUGCGAGUCUUGCUCUAUAACAUUUAAGUCCAGGCAUUGUCUGCGAAGACAUUUGAAGCUGAAGCAGCUUAUGAUGGAGAAUGCUUGUUUAAACUGUCAUAAAAAGUUUACAAAUAAGGAUCGGUUAGCGAAGCAUGUUAAGAACAAGCAUACGUUUAAAAACGUGACACAUCAGUGUGAUAUCUGCUCCGUUAAGUUUAAGGAGAAGGAAUCGCUGCUGAACCAUCUGAACCGAAUCCACAAGAAGUUAUGAUUCAGGAAAUAUGUUAUAGUUUCUUAAUUAUUAUUUUUUUUAUUUCGGUUCAUUGUGUAAGUUUUCUGAGCUUAUAAGCUUUUCUAUUUGGGGAGUACUUACAAAUACAUGUCAGAUGAAUAUUAAGGUCAAAAGGUUUAAAAAUUAAGGUCAAUCAACUUCUUUUCGUAUUCUGUCCUGCUAUCCCUUUGCAGCCGAGAAAUUAAGAUUUAUAAACUAAAUAAUGAAUUCUAGUGACAUGCAUUAAAAUUGAGAUUUAACUGUGAUCAAUUCUCAUGGUCGUAUCAGACCGGGGGGGCUAGAGGGCUAUGUAAACACUGACUGUAAAAUAGUUUCUUAUAAUUAUGAUUAUUACUAAGAUGCUUAGGCCAUGACAGGUCUCCAAACAUUUUGGCCCUGGUGCAACAACCAUUUGACAGUUCAUGGACUGAUAAUAUUAGUCUAAUACCAUUCGAGAAAUGGGCCCCAGGCCUUUGGUUAUCAUGCUCACUCUAUGGCCCAAAGUAAAGGCACAUAGUUUAGAGAACUCUGUUCCAAAACAUCCUAAAAGAUGUCAUAUAAGAAUGAGUUGAUUGAUCCUUACACAGGUUUAUUUAAAAAAAAAAAAACAUUGUCAUCACACCUAAACCAGCUUGCUGAUCUGAAACCUACUUGUUUCCAAUACUGUUAAACCAGCUAACUAAUCUAACUAUAGUCAAAAGCUCCCAACUAUGGCCCAAAUUAACUCAAAUA